AUGGUGGUGACAGUGAAGGCUAUUCUAGAGGUAACUUCUUUAAUUAUUGUAAGUCUGGAGCUUAUCAUAGGGAUUUUAGGAAAUCUAUUCAUAGCUCUGGUGAACAUCAUAGACUGGGAUAAAAGAGGAAAUAUCUCUGCAGUAAAUAAGAUCUACAUGGCCCUGGCCAUCUCAAGGACUGCUUUUAUAUUGUCACUAAUUACAGGGUUAUUGGUAUUGUUAUUGGACCCAGCUGCAUUGGGAACGAGAAUAGUAAGACUCCUUACUAUUUCCUGGAUGAUGACUAAUCAUUUCAGCGUCUGGUUUGCAACAUGCCUCAGCAUCUUUUAUUUUCUCAAGAUAGCCAAUUUCUCAAACUCCAUUUUUCUUGUUCUCAAAUGGAAAAUUAAAAAAGUGGUUUCAGUGACAUUAGUGGUAUCUCUGAUAAUCUUGUUUAUAAACAUUAUAGUCAUAAACAUAUUCAAUGAGAGACUUCAAGUAAACAUAUUCCAGAACUGUAGUACAAAUAACAUUUUAAAAGCUUAUGGGUUCUUUUUAUUCAUCAGUACUAUGUUUACACUCAUCCCAUUCACUGUGUCCCUGACAAUGUUUCUUCUGCUUAUCUUUUCCCUGUGGAGACAUCUGAAGAACAUGCAUCACAAAGCAACAGGCUCCAGAGAUGUCAGCACAGUGGCCCACAUAAAAGGCUUGCUAAUGGUGGUCACCUUCCUGUUAUUAUACACUGUUUUUGUUUUGUCACUUCUUUCACAGUUGUUGAAUAUUAACCUUCAACAUACAAAUCUUCUUUCUCAUAUUUUACAGAAUAUAGGAAUAGCUUUUCCCUCAGGCCACUCCUGUGUCCUGAUUCUGGGAAACAGUAAGCUGAGGCAGGCCUCUCUUUCUGUGAUAUCGUGGCUAAAGUGUAAGUGCAAACAUACAGAGAAUUGA